GCACAUCUGAUUUGUUUACAUACAUCAACGGCUCGUUCCAGGCACAAGCGAAAGCGUAGCUGCAUUUUCUACGCCGUUGCACUUACGCAGGCUAAGUGUGUCAGUAUUAAAUCCUAAACGAGUCGUGUUUACCAUUACAAUACGGGUUGCAAUCGUUUUUGGCGUCAUUUUGUUUGUCCGAUGCUUAUCAUCCGCACUUGCAGGCCCUUGAACGUAGCUAGAAUUCUUUCCAUCACCUCAUCAUCCACGCAGGUGGCAGUGCAGCAGCAGCAGCAGCAUUUACAUUUCGGUGAAAGUAGUGACCAAACGGAUGAACGGGGCCCGCUGAUAUACAUUCCAACUGAGUUUCGUCGCACUAGGCCCCGCGGUGGGUAAAGGGCUCACGGGUAAUUGAUUGUUCCGUUUCUUCCCCUCACGCGAAAGCAUCACACGGUCUAGGCUGGCGGCGGUUCGUGUUGCACCACUUAAUGCGCCUUUCGUUUCGACCGCCUUACACGACCAGUAGUGGCGUAAUGCUCGAUUUCAGCUUUACGCUGUUUGUGUCCGUACUGCUCGGACUCGGGCUGAUGUGGCUCGCCGGGCGCUACUUCCUGAAGGAGGACGUCGUCUACAUACCGGACAACUGUCGGCGCCAUGCGUGGAAAUCGGUAAAGCUCCUAUCGCGUAGCUGCGUCUGCUCCGUCUGUGAUACGUCCAUGGCGUCGAAUGGACACUUUUGCGAAAGCUGUGGCGUUUGUUCGGACAAUGGGUGCGUCCGGAAGGCGGACGAAAAGUUCCCGUGCAAGCAGCUGCGCAUCCGUACCCGGGCGGACGAUGGCACGACCAGUCGCCAUCUGUGGGUGAAGGGCAAUUUGCCGCUCGGGUCGGAAUGUAGCGUGUGCCAGGAGGAUAUUGAUCAGACGAGUGAGCUCGGGCUGUUCGGGCAGCGGUGCGCCUGGUGCCAGCGGAUGGCACACGAUAAGUGCUUUAGCGAGGUUUCCUCUACGUUGUGUGAUUUCGGGCCGUUUAAGGAGAUGAUUUUCCCGCCCAAAUGUAUACUCGCUGCGCGGAGUAAGGUCGCGCAGAAGGUUCAUCUGACGGGUAUUAUUCCACCGGAGUGGAAGGCUAACUGGCGGCCACUGAUCGUUGUCGCUAAUUCGAAAUCGGGAAGCAGUGGUGCCGAUCAGGUGGUCGCUCUGAUGCGUGGCAUCCUUCAUCCGCUGCAGGUGUUCGAGCUCGGUCAGCACGGGCCGCACGAAGCACUGCAGUGGGCUAUCCAUGCUGCUCCAACGCGCUGUCGCAUAUUGGUUGCCGGUGGUGACGGUACAGUAGGCUGGGUGCUGAAUACCAUCCUGCAGAUGAAGGUGGAACCACACCCGGAGGUGGCGAUACUGCCGCUCGGGACGGGAAAUGAUUUGUCCCGUGUGCUCGGCUGGGGUGCCGAAGGACCGGACGAGUUCGAUCCGAUCGAUUACCUGCAGCGUAUCGCGCAAGCCGAAACGGUACAGCUCGAUCGAUGGUUGGCAGAAAUUAAUACACACUCCAGCUUGGCCCGGUUUCACGUGCCCGGGUUCAGCCAGUCGCGUCACUUUUACAUGUACAACUAUCUGAGCGUUGGGGUGGACGCACUGGUGACGCUGAACUUCCACAAGGCGCGGGAAAGUUCGUUCUACGUGUUCAGCAGUCGGUUCGUUAAUAAGCUUCUGUACCUUUGCUUCGGAACGCAGCAAGUAGUGCAGCAGGACUGUGUGGAGCUGGAAAAGCAUCUCGAUCUGUACUUGGACGGUGUGCGCAUCGAGCUACCCUCGCUGCAAUCCGUCGUCGUGCUCAACAUCGAUUCGUGGGGUGCCGGUGUUAAGCUGUGGGAAAUGAGCAAAAACUCCCCAACCCACAGCAUCAUGAAGGAAGUUCAUAGCAUUUCCGAUGGCAUUUUAGAGGUGUUCGGUGUCGUUUCCUCCUUCCACAUUGCCCAGCUACAGGUGGGCCUCAGCAAACCGGUCCGCCUAGGGCAGGCAAAAACUGUACGGAUGGUGCUGAAACGAACGCUUCCCAUGCAGGCGGAUGGUGAGCCGUGGAUGCAAUCGCCCUGUGAUAUUAAUAUUCAACACUACGGCCAGGCGACGAUGCUAAAGGACGUAAAGCAAUGAGCGGUUUCUUUUCGCUUGUGCUUUACUGCAAGCAACUGCCAUCGCGAGCAGUGAGCAAACAACCGGCGAAUGGUGAUCGUACUUUAGCUAGAAACACCACCGUUAAGAAUCUCUCAACUCGCUUUAAUAUAUAUACAUGUAAUAGCGUUGCAGUUGUGUUCCAUCGGACAGGGCAUGGAAGGAAGCCCGUCGUCUCCCCCCAGAGCAGUGGGGGUUAAUUGCGUGUGUGCGUUUGGAGAGUGUUUUGUGUGUUUGAGGAAUUAUAGGCUAUAGCAGCAGUGCUUUUUGUUUUGUUGCUUUACAUCGAAGCAACCACUUUCCCCUCUCGAGAUCGACGGUUCUUAAACACAUGCCACGGUAGCACUUGAUAGGAUAGCAGAAUCAGCUCAUUUCGGAAUCAAGUUAAGGAAAAAAAGGUGUCAGAUGAUAUCAUAAUAGCGGCACAGAAUCUAAAACAGUCAGCACGGUAACUCCAAAACUAAAGUACUUAACGACAUUCAGUAUAGAGUUUUUGGCUGGAAGUUAUGGAAUGAAAUUGAGACUAUUCAAGUGUUCAACUGAACUGCAAAUGCUGUACUCAGUGUGCGAAAUGAUGUGCUGCUAUUGUGAUAUCAUCUAAGACCAGUUGCCACAACUGAUGCUAUUGCUGCCGUUCCCUAACACUGAAAAAUCCCUAUUUAGCGAAUGUUACGGAGCGAAACAGAUCUGAUUAAAACUUUACCUAAUAAUACACAUUAUUAAAUGCAUUUU